AUGGAGUCGCAACGCAGCGCCGACCCUCAGUACCAUGACAUGGAACAGAACCCUCACGCUUCGUCCAGUAGAUGGCGCCAUCAAGAGUCUUCCGCGUACCGCCGCCACGCCGGAAGUGCUCACGGCCAAGCUCGCGAUCCCGUCUCUGCUGAGACGACCACUGGCGACCUGGCCAACUUCUUGAACGCCUCGAGAGUCGGGCCCGCGGGCGACACCAAUGGCGGCGGAAACUUUCGGCCCAUUACUGUUGCCGCAGUGCAACCCAGCGAGCGGGAGGAAGCUGGUGGUGCUGGUGAUGCUGAUGGCGCUGGUGAUGCCGGCCGCCGCCUUCCGCCAGACGGCAAGGAGAUUGUUUGCGGGCCAUUGCUAAACUACCGCCAAAUGGAGCACAAUCGCUGGUACGGCAGCGUGCUGAUUGUCACGACGGGUGGUGGAAAGCGCAUCCUGUAUCAACCGUCUCUGGUGUUGCGCCGCGCCGACGACGCGGCGGCAACGUCUGCGCAAAACGGAGCAAACGCAACAAGCGCGACAAGACAUCCCGACACUGCGGCCGCCUCGUCCAGCGGAACCCGGUUUGAAGCCAAGCGUCUCUAUUCAGACCCGAGGAACACGUUCUGGGUGUUUGAGAUUGACGUGCCGAUCGAGGCGCGAGAAGUCAAGUACGAGUACGAGAUUCCGGACGUGCGGUACUCCAGAGACCACAAGCCCCGAGUAAAUAGCUUCUUCGUGCCAGCUGCCGACGAGUCCAUGCGUGUCAUGUUCCACUCGUGCAACGGCUUCAGCGUCGGCACCGACGAGGAGGCCUUUAGCGGUGCUCCCCUGUGGAGAGACGUGAUGCGGAAGCACGCGCGUGCGCCGUUCCAUGUCAUGCUGGGCGGCGGUGAUCAGAUAUACAAUGACGGCAUCAGGGUCAACGGUCCUCUUCGCCCGUGGACCGACAUCCGCAACCCCAAGAAGCGCUCCGAAUUUCCCUUCCCGGAGAGCCUGCGAGCCGAGUGCGACGACUACUACCUGAAGAACUACAUUCGCUGGUGCAACUCGGCGCCUUUUGCUGUGGCCAAUGGCCAGAUUCCCCAGGUAAACAUUUGGGAUGAUCACGACAUUAUCGACGGCUUUGGCUCGUACGUCGACAACUUCAUGCGCUGUGACGUGUUUCGGGGAAUUGGCGGCACGGCGCACAAAUACUAUUUACUGUUCCAGCACCACAUACCGCCGCCGCCGUCGACUUACACGUCAGACCACGUCGAUGCCAAUGGCAAUAGCCCAGGCCCAGAUCCAAACCAGCUGGUCGACACUUUCGUUGCGGACCCAAGGCUCGGCACGCAGUACAUUCGGGGUCCCAAGCCGGGUCCGUAUGUCGCCGAGCACUCCCUCAACCUGUACACGCGGCUUGGAGCCCGCAUGGCCAUGUUGGGUAUCGAUGCUCGAACAGAGCGGACUCGUCGUCAAGUCAACUACCCAGAGACGUACGCGGCCGUCUUCGACAGACUCCGGCGCGAACUCGGCGAAGCUGUCGGCUCGGGCCGUCCCAUCAAGCAUUUAAUUCUCCUGCUGGGCAUCCCCAUUGCAUAUCCGCGCCUCACCUGGCUAGAAAACAUUCUUCGUAGCCCCAUCAUCGGACCUGUCAAGUUCCUGCAUCGCCGGUUCGGCGUCGGCGGCGGCCUGUUCAAUCAAUUUGACGGUAGUGUCGAUCUUCUCGAUGACCUGGACGACCACUACACCGCAAAGACUCACAAGGUCGAGCGCAGAGACCUCGUCGAGGGCUUGCAACGGGUGUCUGCCGAAUUCUCCGUCCGAAUUACAAUCCUCGGCGGGGACGUACAUCUUGCGGCUCUCGGUCGUUUCUAUUCCAACCCCGGGCUCAAGCUGCCGGUCGAAAAGGACAAUCGAUACAUGGCCAACAUUGUUUCGUCAGCAAUCGUAAACAAGCCCCCUCCGCAGGCCGUAGCCAAUCUCCUCGCCCGGCGGAACAAGAUCCACCACCUCAACAGCCAGACGGACGAAACCCUGCUCGACUUCUUUGACAAGGACCCGGGGGAGACGAACAAGACGGCCGACCACAACCACUGCACCAUGCCGAGCAGAAACUACGCCAUGUUGACCGAGAACUCUCCCAACAAUGUCCCAACAGAUGCGAACGGCGAGAUUCCCGAGGAACAAUCUUUCAUCGGCAAGAAUGGCCACUCCGAGAUGCAUCGGGGCGAGGUCCAUGCGGGAACCAAGCACAAGUCAGCAUCUGACGCCCACGGCCGCGGCAACGACGGUAGUCUGGAUAUUCGCAUCAAUGUCGAGAUUGACCAGCACAGCGCCGAGGGCCAAACAGAAGCGUAUGGGCUGAGCGUCCCAUUGCUGCACUACGAGAAGCCGCUCGCGACGCCAGGGGGGCCCGAGGCAGGCGGGAACCUGAGGUCGUGA